GCCCUCACGGCGCAUAACUUGGGAGUUUCCUUCGUGAAGAGUCCGUGUGGACACGGCCCCAGCGCCGGCCAGGGUGUGUCUGCACGGACCUGGGUGGAACCGGUGUUUAAAAACCUCCAAAGAAUAGAUGUCUGAGGCCCCCACGGUCCGGCACUGGGCCCGCAGGGAUUGAGAGCAUACUGUGUGCGGGUGCCGUUACACACACACACCACCCCCAAUAAUCACAGAGUGGCCGACGUGGAAGUGGAGGAAGAGGGUCUGGGAAGGCUUCUUGGAGACUAGCAUUUCAUCGAGGUCUGUGGGAUUUGGCUUCGCGAAAGGGGACGAAAGGGAGGAAGCGCGUUCCAGGCAGAGGGAGCAUCGCAGACGAAGGCUCCUCCUGGAGGGAACGCUUGGUAGCUGGCGUGGGCGCCAGGUGGGGCAGUUGGGAGAGGUCAGCAGGGGUCAUCCCGGGUCAGGAAGUUGGAAUUUUCACGGCCUUCAAAUACAAGUCACCUGGUCCUGAGAUUGCGGUGGGUGAUUCUGGUCAAGAGCAUAAUUGUGUGGAUCUGCACAGAUGUUCGAGGGAGCAAAGAGCCACCGCUCGCGCACGACACACUGCGAGGUGGCUCCUGUGACCAUCGGAGAGAGCCCGUUUUAUAGACCAGAUAGCGUUAUCCCCAUUUCCCAGAUGAGAAAACUGAGAAGAAACUUGUCCCGGAUCUUCGGAAUGCGCAGAGGUGGAGCCGAGCGGACUUCUGGCACUCCCCGGCGUGGGCGCUCCCAGCGGGUGGGGCAGGCUCUGACCCUCCAGGCUGGGCCGCCUGGAACGUUGGGCCGGGUGUAGGUCCUGCCACGCAACCGCAGAGGCUCCCCGCAGGCGGACGGCAGGAAGGGAGGCGACGUCCCCUUGAGAGCGGCGGGAACACCGGCGGGCCCGCCUCCCCGCCCUCCGAGCCGCGCCGGCCCCAGAAGUGAUGAAAGCAGCGGCAGAGUCCAGGUCACACCGAAGCCGUUGCCCUUUUAAGGGGGAGCCUUGAAACGGCGCCCGGGUUCCAUGUUUGCAUCCGCCUCGCCGGGAGGAAACUCCAUGUUGUAACAAAGUUUCCUCCGCGCCCCCUCCCUCCCCCUCCCCCUUAGAACCUGGCUCCCCUCCCCUCUGAAGCUUGCGGGGAUCCCUCCCUCCCACCCUUCCCCUCCCCCCCGCGCCCCGAUUCCGGCCCGAGCCGGGGGGGAGGCCGGGCGCCGGGGCCAGACUCCGGCCGGCGCGGAGUGCGCCGGCCCCAUGGACAGCUCGGCCGUCAUUACUCAGAUCAGCAAGGAAGAGGCACGGGGCCCGCUACGGGGCAAAGGUGACCAGAAGUCAGCUGCUUCUCAGAAGCCCCGGAGCCGGGGCAUCCUCCACUCACUAUUCUGCUGCGUCUGCCGGGACGAUGGGGAGCCCCUGCCCACCCACAGUGGGGCACCUCUGCUCGUGGAGGAAAAUGGAGCUGUCCCCAAGCAGACCCCCGUCCAGUACCUGCUCCCCGAGGCCAAGGCCCAGGACUCAGACAAGAUCUGCGUGGUCAUCGACCUGGACGAGACCCUGGUGCACAGCUCCUUCAAGCCAGUGAACAAUGCUGACUUCAUCAUCCCUGUGGAGAUUGAUGGGGUGGUCCACCAGGUCUAUGUGCUGAAGCGGCCCCACGUGGAUGAGUUCCUUCAGCGAAUGGGUGAGCUCUUCGAGUGCGUGCUGUUCACCGCCAGCCUCGCCAAGUAUGCAGACCCAGUCGCUGACCUGCUGGACAAGUGGGGGGCCUUCCGGGCACGGCUGUUUCGUGAGUCAUGCGUCUUCCACCGAGGGAACUACGUGAAGGACCUGAGCAGGCUGGGCCGAGACCUUCGUCGGGUGCUCAUUGUGGACAACUCGCCCGCCUCCUAUGUUUUCCAUCCGGACAACGCUGUACCGGUGGCCUCGUGGUUUGACAACAUGAGUGACACAGAGCUUCACGAUCUCCUGCCCUUCUUCGAGCAGCUUAGCCGCGUGGAUGACGUGUACUCAGUGCUCAGGCAGCCACGGCCUGGCAGCUAGUGAGGCGCCCUGGGGCCAGGACCUGCCCCUGA